AUGCUAAGGAACUCUGAAGGACGGAUGAUUUUCGCCUUUUCUGAGUCUUGUGGGAGGGUGACCUCACUGCAAGCUGAAGCUAGGGCAUUGUGUAGGGGACUUCAAAUGUGUGGGUUACUAGGUUAUGCUCCAACUAUAGUUGAGGGCGAUUCUAAAGUCCUAAUUGAUGCAAUCCAGUGGUAUGGCAGUGUCCCGAAAGCUAUGCUCCCAGUAAUCCAUCAUAUCCACCAGGUUUCUGUUGCCGGGAUUUCACAUCAACAUAUUUAUCGGGAAGGAAAUGCUGUUGCAGACGUGUUGGCAUCCUAUGGUUGUGACUCUAAUGGGUUUAGCUUAUUCCUCUCGUUCCAGUCCUUGCCAAAGUCUCUCAGAGGUCUCUACAAUGUUGAUCGGCUAGGAGCUGGAAGUUUUAGAUUUUUCAGACGGCCACAUAGGGCUAGUUGA